CACGUGCUUAUUUAGUGUUGUUUCUUUUCUUUUCCAUAUACAUAGGAGAAUAUAUGGAUAAACAGUGGAUGUUAGCGAAUAGGUUAUCUGUGGAAUAUAGGAACGCGGUCGAUUUGUUUUUAAGGUUUUGUUCGGAAAAUGUGAAAGACCCAAAUUUUACUUAUUGUCCAUGUCUUAACUGUGGAAAUGUUAAAAAGAUGGACCUUAAAAAGAUUAAAGAACACUUAUAUUUCAAUGGGAUUGACAAGAGUUACACAAUUUGGUAUUACCAUGGGGAGAUAGCUCCGAUUGCUCCAACUCUGCCAAGUAGACCAAAAGGAGUGAGGAGGAAUAUAGUGGAGGAGAACUGGGAUCCAUUAGAUGAAAUGAUUGACGACGCACAUUAUGGAUCAGGAGUAGACCCAAAUAAGUUUGAGACACUCCUUAAUGAUGCCGAGAAACCAAUUUACCGUGGUUGUACAAGAUUUACAAAAUUAUCUGCGCUUCUUAGGUUGUACAAUCUAAAAGCUAAACAUGGUUGGAGUGAUAAAAGCAUUACUGAAUUAUUUGGUUUUUUGAAAGAGUUAUUGCCUGAAGAUAAUGAAAUUCCAAUUUCAUUUUAUGAGACAAAGAAGACGUUAUGCUCAUUAGGCAUGCAGUACGAAAAAAUUCAUGCAUGUCCUAAUGAUUGCAUAUUAUAUCGAAAUAGUUUUGCAGAUGCAAAAUCGUGUCCUAAUGAAUCUUCCUGAUGUCGAGAUCCCUGAUACUCUACACAUUAAGCAACCUCAACUAACAAACAUAUCAUAUACAGAGGCACAAAUUGAUGAGUUGCGACAAGAAUGGGCGACAUAUAUGUUGCCGAUGAUCCAAAGUUACCGACCUCGUUGAUAGGGUUUUUUUUUUUUAACUCUUUCUUCAUACACAAUGCAAUAUUUGU